AAAAAUGAAUCGUGUUUUAAAUUAUUUUGCACCAAGAAAUUCAUUUAUCGCUGAAAGAAUACGUUUUGGUGAGAAUUUUCGUGAAAUGAAAGUUUAUUGGACUGCUUUUGCUCCGAUGAGUGAAGGAACGGAGAAAUUUGUGGAAAAUUAUUUGCCAAUAAUUAGAGAGAACAAUCCUCAAAUUAAAUUUACGUUACAAAGGGGUUAUGUUAGUGUUGAUCCGUGGCUUAUUGGAAUUUUUGAAUUUGAGCGUAAAAGAAUUCAUCGUCUCUGCUGGAAAGAUCCUUGCCAAAUUUUGACGAUGGUAGAACAAUUUGCUGAGGGUGGAGAUUACCGAUCAAGUUUUCGCUGCAAAGUUGCCACAAUUCUCCCUCGUGGCCUUCAAAUUUGGGACUGUGAAACUAAAGGUCACGACAUAUUUACUGUCUAUAGUAAAUGGAAAGCUGACCCUCCUGAUCCAAAUUUAUUAACUUCUGCCACACAUCCACAUUUGUGUUAUAGAGGGGUUAGAACACACAGAAAGAAACCUAGAAAAGUUAAACAAUACAAGAAAUAAAAUUUGAAAAAAAUUGUUUUUUUUAUUUGUGGGGUUUUUUGUUUAAUUAGUGGAAAUAAUAAAUUUUGAAUUAAAAAAUUUUUUAAAAUGUAAAGAAGGGUGAUAUUUAUACUUUUGCUGGGCAAUCGCACUUUAAUAGACAAUUGCA